AUGUUGCGCCAUUUCAUGCGGAUCGAAAUCGACAACGAUCUGCUUACGGCAAUGGCGAAGCGAUGGCGCCCCGAAACCCAUAUGUUCCACCUUGCGGAGAGGGAAAUGACGAUCACCCUCAAAGACGUGGCGAUCCUCACUGGGCUGCCGAUUUCUGGAGAUGCCAUCAUUGGUUCCACUACCAAACCCGAAGGAGGUUGGGGGCCGCUCAUUCUUAGGGAAUUGGGAUUUGACAUGCCGACCACCACACCAAUUCAAGGACGGGGGCAUCCACCGUUGAAUGCGGGACAAGUGUCGAUCCCAAGCACCCUUUCUCUUCAUAUUUGCAGCUCGCAGUUGCCACGUACAGCCCUCUGCAUCAUUCUUGCAUAUGACAUGUAA